GCGCGCGUAACCAGGCGUGCUCCCGCCUCUUGCGUCAGCGCUCUCCCCCUCCGUCAGCGCGCCCCCCCUCCGUUAACGCGCUCAUGGGCCGUCAGCGCGCUCCCGCUCCGUCAGCGCGCCUGCUCCGUACGGGGUGCUGAAUUGUAGGUGAUGAUGGCGGAAGGGGAACAGCGUCGAGUUUGAUCGAGUUCUCUUCGCGGCUGAAGAACCAUCCACACCCGCGCUUCACCGAGACGGACCGCUGAGCGAUGGGGAACGAGGGCAGCGUGGAGGGCGAGGGGCCAGCGGUGCAGGGCGGCCCGGCGGCCCCUGCAGCGGGGGCUCCGGCUUCCGUUUCAGCACCACCGGCCCCUGGACAGCUCACCAAGCCCAGCAAUGGUGCGCCAGCCGGAGGGACCGGGGCCGGACCCGGGCCGGGGAUUAACAGAACCCCCGUCGCCGACCCCGGGCCAAAAGCCGGGGUCCAGAGUGGCCCCGGGACGGGGGACCGCUUGGCCUCCCAGCAGAGCCACCAGCCCGCCGGCCCCCAGGGAGGGGAGCCGGGCAGAGGCCACGCCUCCAGGAUGAGCCUGCAGGUGGAGGCUGGCGGCCGGGGCGGGCGGUCCCCGUCGGCGUCUCCGGACCGCAGCGCCCCCUCCUCCCCCUACUCAGUGCCUCAGAUAGCACCCAUGCCUAGCAGCAAGCUCUGUCCCGUCUGCAACACCGCCGACCUCAUGGGCUCCACGGACGGCCAGCCAAACCACAACACCUGCACGCAGUGUCGCUCCAUGGUGUGCAACCAGUGUGGCUUCAACCCCAACCCCCACCUCACACAGGUCCAGGAGUGGCUGUGUCUCAACUGUCAGAUGCAGAGAGCAUUGGGGAUGGACAUGACCACACCUCGAUCCAAGAGUCAGCAGCAGAUCCCUUCUCCUUCCCAGCCGGCCAAACCCCAGCUGACCUCGGACGCCCCUCCUCAGCCUGCGGCCCAGCCUGCACAGGCCCCGACCCAACCUCCCACCCCUACUCCUGCUCAGCCACCACCCUCCCCCCAAGCCCCUCAGGCCGCGGGCCCCAACAGACAGCCAGGUCCGGCUGCGCCCGGCCAACAGCAGCACACGAGGGUGAAACUGCCCCCAGGGGCAGUCCCUCUCCCCGGCAUGGCCAAGGCCCCGUCCCAGCCGGACCUGGCCCGUCAGCCCCCAGCACACCUGGGCCACAACCCUCGGCAGGACCAGACCCGCAGUGCUGGGAGCUCCCCGUCCCGACAGCCCCCGCCUCCGGAGCAGACUUUUGGCAAGCUGUUUGGCUUCGGCGCCUCCCUGCUCAACCAGGCCAGCACGCUCAUCACAGAGACCACCCAGCCUCCGCCACCACCGCCAAAAACAGCUCCCAAACCCGUCGGACCCCAAGGCCCGGCUCCUGAAGCUGGCAAACCCCCGGGGCCCCCACACGCUCAGCAGGGGCCCCAUGCUCCCCCGCAACCACAACAACAACAACAACAACAACAACAACAACAACAACAACCACAGCAGCAGCAGCGGCAACCACCGCAACAGCCGCACCAGGACCCUCCCUCUAAACCCAAAGCAUGUUGCCCUCUCUGUAAGACCAGCCUCAACGUUGGCAACACCGCACAACCGCCCAAUUACAACGAUUGCACCCAGUGCCAUUCCCAGGUGUGCAACAAGUGUGGAUUCAACCCCACCCCACACCUUGUCGAGAAGAACGAAUGGCUCUGUUUGAACUGUCAGACUCAGCGGGCUCUGUCAGGAAGCUUGGGAGAUAUUCCUCCUCCUGCUCCACAGCCAACGGGAUCACCCCGGACAGCAGUUCCAGCCACUCAACAGUCACCUCAUCAGAAAACACCCAAUCAACUUCCAGGGCAUAGGCCCACAGGUCCUCAACAGCAACAGAAACCACCAGGUGCCCAAGUAAGUGGCCCUAUCUCCUCCGUCAAAAAGGCAGGGCCUACCCCCCAACCCUCUUCUCAAACCAAAGGUGUAGCCCAACCUGACCUUCAACCCAAAUCUUCUACCCAAUCUUCUCCUCAGAGUAAAGUUCCUUCCCAAACCUCAUCACCAAGUAUGGUAAGCUCUCCUCAAACGAGAACCUCUAACCAAUCUAGUGCACAGAAUAAAAGCUCUGCCCUGUCUGCUAACCAAGGCAGGGGCCCUAGCCAGGGUAAAGUGCCUAGUCAGGCAAAGGCUCAGAUAUCUGCUCAAAAUAAGGGUCCACAUUUAUCUGGAGCCAAGCCUCCAGCCACUGCUGGCAAAGCAGGGCCCAGUUCCACCAAGUCCGGCGCUGCCCCUGCAAAAGCAGGUCCCAAUCCACCUAAACCCACAGGUAAUGUCCAGAAGAAACAAGGCCCGGAGAAGACCAAAGUCACAGCUAAGUCUCAGAAGGACGAAGUGAAGCCCUCAUCCAAGAAAGCUGUGUCAGUAGCGAUCAGCUCCACAAAAGAUCAGAGGAUAACGGAAACCUCUCAGAAGUCAAGACACCAUGAAGACUCCAACAAGUCGAGCACACAGAGCUUGAGUGACACUGGCUAUUCCUCUGAUGGGAUUUCCAGCUCCCAGGGGGAGAUCGUAGGCCAAAUCUGGGAGGAGGGAAUCAAGCUCAAUGAAAAGGGCACCUCGAGGCACCCCGAGAUCAACAAGCUAGAGAGCUCCAUGAGGCCUCUUCUAGAGGCCAAGACCGCAGACAAGAAGCAGAGACCACAUUCACUGUCCGUCGGACAUGAGCCGGCAUACAACUCUGACGAAGAAGCGGCGCGAGAAGAGUCAGAAGAUGAACUGAGCUGUAAAUUACGACAUGACUAUGUGGAAGACAGCAGCGAGAGCGGCCUCUCGCCAUUACCUGUCAGGCAGAAGAAGACACAUAAAGAAAUGACGGAUGAAGAUAUCAUGAGAAGGCAGAUCAUGGAGAUGAGUGCUGAUGAGGAAGAAGUAGAUGAAUAUGGAAACCAGAAACCCAAAACGGCACAUAAAAGUGGUGGGGAAUCAGGAAAAGAGAGGCGACGGCUCACUCAACAAUCAAACAGUUUUGAGGAUGAUACAAAAGGAGCUGAUGGGGAGGACGCCGAGGGCAUGCUCUCCUCUCAAGGAGGCCUCAGGCGGUUCAAAACUAUCGAGCUGAACAACACAAACAGCUACCCUGAGCAGGACCUACGAGAACCAGAGCUGGAGAUGGAGAGCCUGACGGGAUCCCCGGAGGAGCGAUCCAGGGGAGAGUACUCCUCCACCCUACCUGCUACCACCCCAAGCUACACGUCUGGAACAUCACCCACGUCUGUGUCCUCCAUGGAGGACGACAGUGACAGUAGCCCUAGUCGCCGGGCAAAACUAGAAGAGGCCAAGCAGCAGAGGAAGGCCCGUCACCGGUCUCAUGGGCCGCUCCUGCCGACCAUCGAGGACUCUUCAGAGGAGGACGAGCUGAGGGAGGAGGAAGAGCUGCUCAGAGAGCAGGAGGAAAUGAGGGAUCUGGAGCAGCAGAGGAUCCGUAGUACCGCCAGGAAGACAAAGAGGGACAAAGAGGAGCUACGGGCACAAAGACGUAGAGAAAGAUCUAAAACUCCCCCCAGCAACCUCUCUCCAAUCGAGGAUGCAUCGCCAACAGAAGAGCUAAGGCAAGCGGCCGAGAUGGAGGAGCUCCACCGAUCCUCCUGUUCUGAAUACUCCCCCUCCGUGGACUCAGAGGCAGAAGGAUUCGAGAUGAUUGGUGGAAAAUUGUACAAAUCAGGAAGUGAAUACAACCUUCCAACGUUUACAUCCCUCUACUCUCCUACUGAAAAAUCAUCUGGAACCUCACCCCCUGACAAAACAUUGAAAAGUGCAGAAGAGGUCUACGAGGAGAUGAUGAGGAAAGCACAGAUGAUGCAGAAUCAAGGCCAACCUGUAAACAGCACCAAUCAGCCUGUAAAUAAACAGCAUUUAGAUAAUUCAGCUGAAUUAACUCCAGGCUCAAGCCCCACCCAGUUAAAUUCACCUUUGUCCAUCUCAUCCACUGGGAAUGAUCCGAGAAUCACAGGAAUACAGGGAGCGCAACAUUUGUCAAAAGAAACCCAAAACCGAAUGAUGUCUCAGACUGCCAAAAUUGGAGGGGUGGUUGGGAAAGGCCAAGGUCAACACAGCGCCCAAACUGCUCGCCAGGCAGGCAGUAAUUCUGCCAUUCACAGCGCAGGUCCUCAGGGGCAAACACAGGCCACAUCCUCUGAAACUGGAGCAUCCCUCUCCUCCAAGGUCUUUUCAUAUUUCAAAGGUCCAAGUCCGCCAGUUUCUCCCGCAACUUCACCUUCACAGAGUCCUACUAAUUCACCAUCACUGCGGUCCUCUGGUCGACAGCUCCCCUCUCUGCCUGCUGGUUCUACAGCUCCAGCUGCACCCCGUGGAAACCAGUCUCCCCAAAAAUCCAGUCCACCCCGUCUUUUACGACAACAGUCCUCCCAAGAAACCCCAGUAAUGGUGAUAACGUUGGGCUCUGAAACAACAAAUGCUCCCAAGCCCAUUACUGUAAAUUCGUCAACAUCGCCCUUGUCAUCACCAACAGAUGUUAGCGGUAAGCCUAUGUAUCGCUCUCAGCCGCCCUCGACUACUUCUCCCACUUCCCCACAACAAUCCCCAAGACAUUCUUCCCAAAAUGUAAAUAUUAGUACAGUGAACAAUGCAUCCAGCUAUAGCCGGGGAUCAAUGUCAAUGGAAAAUAUAUCUCAUAAUACAGGCUCAUCAAUGGUUGGAGGACAAGGCCAAGUGCAUCCAAGAGGAAGCGUAGUCGACCUGAGUGCCCCGAUGAGACCUGCACCAAUUAUAAUGACGGACCAAGGGAUGGAUCUGACGUCCCUGGCCUCUGACAGCAGACGAUACUCCAUAGGAGCAGAGCAGCCAUCCAUCCGACACACAGCAGUGCAAUCACUUGUCAUGAAUCUGAAUUCCCAAGAACAACCACAUGUAGCGGUUUCAACUCCGACCACUGUGAGCGUCACAAUGGCAGGCUCUAUGUUUAUGACACAGCCGAAGCAGCAGGUGGUGUAUGGGGAUCCUCUGCUGAACCGUGUGGAUCUGGGGCAGGGUGUUGGAUCAGCCAUGUGUUUAGCACAGAUGAAGCUCACCGAUCCGUCUAUUCCAAAGAUCGAUGCCUGCCUGGAGGACCUUGGCAUCCAGCAGCAUCAGCUGCAGCUACAGCAGCAGAAGCUUCUGCAUCAGCAGCAACUUCUGGAGCAGCAACUCCAGCAGCAUCAGCAACAAUCCUCAUUUGCACGUUACAAUUUAGCGAAUCAGGUUCAACCAAUGCUGCUGAAGAAAGAUAUUGUAGUUAGCCAGACGAGUAGUGCCCAGCCUGUGGUGAGUGUAAGUGCCAUUCCUAGAGUAGCCCCUCUACCGCCUCAGCCUGCAACUGGGGCCCCUGCUUCUAACCAGUCCCAUGAUAUGUAUACUGGUGUUGCAUUAGAGUUGAAAAAUAAGCCCACUGUAAUGAACUUGUCUACCGGAAAGCCCCAUGUUAUGAUGGUUCAGCUGGAUGAGAGUAACGCAUCACAAGGAGGCACAAUAUCUCAGCUGGUAAAGAAAGAAGAGCCGGCACCUCCUCCACAGGUCCUCGACCUGACAGGACAGUUCAAACCAGAGAGCCAGGCGGCUUGCUGUGAUGUGGUUUACAAAAUGCCUUUUGCUAGUAGCUGCACGGGUUCUCUCACUCAGAGACAGACGGCAGCGACGUCAGAUGAAAACUCUGCCUCUGAUCCUUCUCAAGUUGCCCGCCCUCCUCCUGCCCCGCACUAUAACACCAGCCAGCAGCAACAACAGCAAGCCCCAGCUGUGCAGGGUUUAGCAGAGGAACGUAAACUCUAUCAACCACAACCCCCGGGAGGCUCACAGCCAUCCAUGUCUGACAACAUGCUGCCAUCUAUGACAGAUGUUGGCCCUCAACUGUAUCAGAGGAAUCACCAGGGGGCAGUUGAUCUGAGCACCGUGAAUCAGUCUUAUGACGGUUACCAAGGCAUGGGUGCCCAGUAUGGAUCCUACACAGAUUUGCGCCAAGCAGACGUGGGUGGGUCUCCAUUACCUCUGCGUCGUUAUGGCUCCAUGUCAAAUAUCAAUUCAGAUUAUGGCUAUGGACCAGGGGUAACCGAUGCAAAUCUAGCACAAUACAGUGCAACCACUGCUCGAGAAAUCAGUCGCAUGUGUGCAGCUCUCAACUCAAUGGACCAAUAUGGAAGUCGCUUUGCAAAUCCUGAACUAAUGCAGUAUGGAGGCAGAGGUGGGCCUGUGGGUAGACUCAAUCUAAGUCAAAGCUUAGCAUCAAUCAGAGCCAACCUUCUCUAUGGUCCGGAUGGAAGACCAACUGCACAUGGCCAAUCAUUAACCAACCUUAUUAAUGCAAGGCAAGCAAGUAUUCGGGCUUUGUACCCUGCAGCUAUGAGAGGAACAGACGGAAUGACAUAUUCAACCAUAAACACACCGAUAGCUUCUACCUUACCAAUAACCACCCAGCCCUCCUCUGUCCUGCGUCCCAUGCCAAGAGGUGCAUACAGACCUUACCCUACAGGUGUGACUCCAGUUCCACUAGCUAGUCUGACCAGGCUGCCUCAAGUGACUCCUAGAAUGCCUCUGUCUACACAGGGACCCUACUGUUAUCCUACUUCAAAUCAGUAUCCUACUUCAAUCCCUGGCCCAGGUCUCCCUACUUCCAAUACCACUUCUGACCAGGAAACCCCAGUCUACUUAGGGAAGCCCCCAACCAUCGGCUCAACAUUACCCCCAACCCAAACUGUUGCUCAUUUAGGAGCAAAACAUUUGUCUGCACCAGGUAUUCAGACUAACAUGAUAGCAUUUGAGCAAAUAAACCAGCAAGUUCAAAUCCCAAUCCAGAAUGUUACGUCACUCUCUCAAGCUCAAUUACCUAAUGAGCAAAACCAAAUGCAGGAACAAUUACAAAGUCUUCAGAUGCCGCCUCAAACACAAGCAUUAUCCCUGACUCAAACCCAAUCACCAAGUCAUAUUGUAACACACCCCCAACCUCAGGCAUUAGUGCAACCCCAAGCCCAAAUCCUAGUGACUGCACCAGUAACUGCUUCAGAAGCAACCUGCUCAAUACUUUCUCCACCGAUGGACGCACGCAAAGACAAGGAAGAGGAGCGAUUAAGUCAACAACAAGAGCACAUGUUGCAGUUAGAGCGGGAGCAUGUGGAGCUGGAGAAGGUGCGGCAACUGCGCCUACAUGAGGAGCUUGAAAGAGACCGAAUGGAGCUCCAGCGACACAGAGAGAAAGAACAAAUGCUGGUCCAGCGGGAGAUCCAGGAACUACAGACAAUCAAACACCAAGUCCUUCAGCAACAGCAAGCCGAGCGAGAGACCCAGCUCAUCAUGCAAAGGGAGCAGCUCGCCCAACAGAGAAUGCAGCUUGACCAGAUUCAGACUUUGCAGCAGCAGCUGCAGCAGCAGUUGGAGGACCAGAAGAGGCAGAAGACGGCAGCUGUUGAGGCCGCAGCAGCAUCAGCAGCAGCAGAGGCAGCAGCCGGCGCUGCAGCUGCAGCGGCUGCAGCAACCUCUGCACAGGGGGCCAUGCAAGGGGUGGUGGUUGGAGGAGGACCACCUCAAGGGUUCAUUAUUUGUGACCAGAGUGGUCGAGUGAUCCAGCAGGAUGGCCAGAGUGUUCAGUUCUGGCAGGAUGGACAGGUUGUACAAGCAGUAAUGGCAGGCAGGCCUAUUCAUAGUUCUUCCUCAGAGGUAUCACUGAGAAACACUGAGGACCCUGCUAGCUCCAGGGUCAUGAAGAAACAGAAUUCAAUGCCAAGACUGAGAGACGGCUCUGAAGAGGAGAAGAGGAUUGCAGACAGCUGUGUGCAAACCGAUGAUGAAGACGGAGAGGACAGAUUCUUGAACAGGCGCAGAAGAACUCGGCGGAUUGCAGACUGCAGUGUGCAGACUGAUGAAGAGGACCAGGGAGAAUGGGACCAGCAGCCAGUGAGGCGCAGAAGGUCCCGCGUAUCGAAGCACUCUGACGCAAACGUUGAGAAAUCAGAAGCUAAAGUGUCUUCCUCGAGCAUCGCUAUCCAAACCACCUUCGAUUCCUCUUGCCAGACAGAGCCAGAACAGCUGGGAAGGGUCUCUCCUGCGAUUCACAUCACUAUGGCAGAGACCUCAAAGGUUGACCUGUUGCAUUACAUUGCCUCCCCUGAAAGGACCCAGAAAGGAGAGAGUCUUGCCUGUCAAACGGAACCAGAGGCCCAGUCCCAGGGUGUCGUCGCCCCUCAGCUUAACGUGCCGACCACCAUCAGUCCCUACUCCACCAGCCUCCACAUGGUGGGCGCCAACCCAUCUGAGCCGGCCUCUCCACGCCUCCAGGGGGUGGCCAAGUUUGAGAGGAGGAAACCGGAUCCUCUGGAGAUUGGCUAUCAGCAGCAGCACGAGUCUCGCCAGCCUCCCAAGUCUCCCCAGGUGUUGUACUCCCCCGUGUCCCCGCUCUCCCCACAUCGUAUGUUGGAGACCACGUUCGCCUCGCAGGAGAAGCUCAACAAGGCCCACGUCACGCCCCAGCAGAAGGCCUUCACCACCGAGUCGCCGCAGCGGCACCAGAGCCUGCCCCGACCCAUCAAGAGUGUGCAGCGCUCCAUGUCCGACCCCAAGCCGCUCAGCCCCACUUCUGAGGACCCCGGGAAGAACCGCUUCUCCCCGUACCACCAGCAGGCGCUCUCCAACAGCCAGAUGGCCUCCCUGCAGCAGCAGCAGCAGAACUCUCUGAUGAGAAAGGUAAAGAGGACCCUCCCCAGCCCCCCGCCAGAGGAGAUCCCCCUCCCGAUCGUCACUCCAGCUCAAAUGUACAGCUCCCCCGGGAUGCCCCAGAGGGUUCUGCCCAGACCGGCCCAGGGUGUCACCAAGGCGGGCCUGCUCAGUGAGCUGAAGAUGGUGGAGCAGGAGUCGUCCAAGCUCCGGAAGCAGCAGGCCGAGCUGGAGGAGGAGGAGAAGGAGAUUGACGCCAAACUGCGCUACUUAGAGCUAGGCAUCACUCAGCGGAAGGAGACCAUGGUGAAAGACAGAGAGAGGCGAGACCUUGCCUACCUGCGCUGUAUGGGCGAUGCCCGGGACUACAUGUCAGACAGCGAGCUGAAUAACCUCAGGAUUGCAGCUGCCACUGGAAACUUUGAUACUAAUGGUGUAUUAUCAAGGCCAAGCACUGCACCACUGAGCCACUUUGCUAAUGACCUCAAUGCAACUCAACAGUAUCCGUCGACCUCUACCUAUAUGUCCUACCCGUACCCUCAAACCCAACCCUCGGCACAGCCGCCAGGCUCUGCAUAUCAACAGAUAGGUUUUCAACCUCCUCAAUACCCCUCAUCUUCUGCCCCACAGCCAGGAACCUUUCAGCCCCACCCGCCACCAGGCCCCGCAUACCAGACUCCAGGGUCCUACUCCGCGCACAUGUAUGCUCAGUCCAGCUAUCAGCCAGAUCUUGGCAUGCCCCAGCAUGGCCACCAGGGCUUCCAGCCUCCUUGCCAGCCUAUGCCAGGCCAGAGUCUACCCUACCCCAGCCAUAGCUCCUAUCAGCCCGUCCUCCCUUUCCAGUCCCAGGCAGAUAUCCUUACAGUCCACCAAAGACCCAGGCAGACCUCUCUGGCUGACCUGGAGCAGAAAUUGCCCACCAACUACGAGGUCAUUAGCAACCCGGCAGUGUCAGUGGCUACCUCAGCUCCAGACACUGGCUUCAGCGCAGUCUACAGUAACACCUAUGGUCAGUACCGCCCCCCUGAGCCUGGCCUUACUCAACCAGUGGAGAGCCCCACCUCUGCAUAUGCCCACGACGGGCUGUACACCACUAACCUAGAGCAGAAUAUACCAAGGAACUAUGUCAUGAUUGAUGACAUCAGUGAAUUGACAAAAGAGAAUGCGGGCCAAGCCACCGAUGCUCACGGCCAUCCUGCAGGAGGGCGCUAUGGAGGUGAGAACGGGUCUUCAAGAGGUUACGGAAGGCCUGAGGACGAGUCUGUGGAUGCUUACGGCCGACCAGCAGGCACCGCGGGCUACCAGGGCGUGGACGGCCACGCCGGGUCCACCGUGAGCGGCGGCUCCUCGUACUAUUAUGAUGAUUACAAACACCCCAACACACGUUGCAGCUCUGGCACCCAGAAAGCCUCCUCAAAGAACCUGGCCCCGGCCGUGGUCUCUUCUAAACGUAGCAAGCACAGAAAACAGGGAAUGGAGCAGAAGGUUUCAAAGUUUUCGCCGAUCGAGGAGGCGCGGGACGUCGAGUCGGACCUGGCGUCCUACACCAUGACCACUUCGACGGGGGGCAGCUGCACCGUUGUGUCGAGAUCGAAAAAACAAGACGACGGCUAUGGCCCAAAAAAGAACACGUACGAUCAGCAGAAGUAUUACGGCACCAGCCGAGAAGGCCUUGAGGAAGAGGACCGCAUGUAUGGCUCUGGAAGGUCCAGAUCCACCGGCUACGGCAUGGACAAGAUCUCCUCCCGGGACAGCACAGGUUACAGGAGUAAGUCCUACGAGAGGGAUGCUAUGGAGAGGUCCCAGAGAACGGGCCGCGGAGGCAGACCUCCCAUGCGUAGCCAAAACUCAGAGGAGGAGAGCCCGCUCAGCCCUGUGGGGAAGCCCGUGGGCAUCGGUAGAGGCUCUGGUGCUCCUGAUGCCAACGAUGUUAGAAACCAGUAUGGCUCCAGCCAUUCCCUGCCAGACGUGCAGGACCACCACAUGAAGGACCAGCCCAGGAGUCAUGUCUACAAACCGGAUGACCCCUACCUCGUAGAUGACAUGCAUUGUGCCGUUUCAGACAGCGAAGCAUAUCAUUUGGGCCAAGAAGAGACUGACUGGUUUGAGAAGCCGAGGGAGGCCCGCUCAGACCGGUCGAGGCACCAUGGAGGUGGUGGCCACUCGUCCACAGGUAGGCGUGGUAACGUAAAGCACACCUACCACGAUUACGAUGAGCCACCUGAGGAGGACUGGGCCCAGGACGAGUACAACCAGCAACGCCACGGAUCAUCCACGUCCUCCCGGGAACACCGUCACCACGGCAGCAGCAGCACCGGCAGGCACAGCUCUUCCCGCCAUGCCUCAGAAGAUCCCAGAGCCUCCCGCUCAUCUCGGACACACGCCAAAGACCCGGCUGCCCGCACCGAGGGCAGAACCUCUUCCUCUGCCCAGCGAAGGGGCGGUCCCGAAGCGCGCUCAACCCAAGGCAGCCAUCGGGACUCGGGAGAAUUCUCUCGGGACCCGACUGCUGGCCAUAACCAUGGCUCGGGAGGUAGAGGCCAGAGGCCCCCCGGAGAAAGGGCUAAUUCCAGGAGGCCAGAUCCAUCUGCAGGUCACAAGCAGACACAACCUCAACAGCAGCAGCAGCCUCAACCGCAGCAGCAGCAAGCUCAACAGCAGCAGCAGCCUCAACAGCCGCAGCAGCAGCCCGGACAUCAGCAGCAGCAGCCUCAACAGCCGCAGCAGCAGCCUGGACAUCAGCAGCAGCAGCAGCAGCCACCUCAACAGCAGCAGCAGCAGCAGCAGCAGCAGCCGCAACAUCAGCAGCAGCCGCAACAUCAGCAGCAGCCACAACAUCAGCAGCAGCCGCAACAUCAGCAGCCGCCUCAGCAGCAGCAGCAGCGUCCAGGAGGCCCGGCCCAAACUGGGAGACAGUCCAGCAAUGAGACACCAGAUGGUCAACAACAAGGUCAACAACAGCGUCAUCAGCCCCAGCAGCAGGCCAUGCAGCAGGGCCAGACUCCUCACCCCACUACUGGUGGACCACAGCCUAAUCCAGCCUCUGCUGGGGCAGGGCAGCAGCAGCAGCAGCAGCAGCAGCUACAGCAGCCCAGACCUGGCCAGACCCCUCCACUGGGACGCCAGCCGGCGGCAGGGCCUGCGGCAGGACCACCAGCACCGACAGCUGUAAAAAUGGACCAUGCCCCUGCAGCCGCUGCAGCAAUGAGGGCCUCCCCGCCCGCCGCCGCCACGCCCCCUAAAACAGCCACGCCUCCACUGACAGGCAUCGGCUCCAAGGCUCCGGUGGGGAUCGGCAGUAAGGCCGGAGGCAUCGGCGGCGCCGCGCCCCCCCAGGCCGCCGCCGACGGGGAGAACGUCCUCACCAAGAUGCUGCCUGGAGCGGCCGCAGAGCAGGCCGGGAAGCUGGGAGAUGCUUUGUCUGGCCUCGGUAAAAAGUUCACUUCGUUUUGGUGAACAACAUGACAAAGGAGUGAAUGAAGAGAAAUUGGGAGCUCUGUACUUGUAAAACCUAUGAAACUGCAGGAAUUAACACAUUUCACCAUCUAGAAGAUAUGAAACAAGGAUAAGCGAGGCGGCCGGUGGGAGCGCAUCAAAGUGGAAUCAAAGUUCGUCAGUAACGGACUCCCCAGACACCUGAACCGACCCGCUGACGCUCAGUGGUUUAAUGGAGGAAUGAUGAAGUCCUGGGGUCACUUGACCUCAGAGACCAGCGGCCCCCGUUGACCCUCAGAUUAACUGAGAGCUGCUGCUGUCUGGGGAGUUCACGUCUGGCUGGGACACUUGAUUCUCCGUUGAUGAAUUCAAAUCCUUUUCUUCUCAUAACUUCCAACGUAAAGAUGUCAACUAGUGGAUUUCAUAGGUUUUCCUUGUACCAAAGAGGCGUACCAUAGCUAACAAUGACACCACCGAGUCUAAGAGACAAGACACCACAGAAACAACAAACUCACCCUACUUUGAUCCUUGAAUGCUUGUUUUUCUAAGAUCUCUCUCUCUACAUUCCAGUAUUGGGAAUUUGACCCUUUCUUUGAAUGUUUUCUUAUUUUGUUCCUCUUUUUUUUAAUGUAUUUUUGUUCUGGUGUUCUGUUGUGUAAAUGUGGAAAUGAAGAUUGCACGCACAAAGGUUGAAAAUACAAAAAAAAGAAAAGAAAAAAAAAGUCAAUCAAAUUGAAAAUCAAAAGCCCAUAUCAAAACGUUGUUUUCUUGGGGAGAGUUGAGGGGAGGGGAGACCUGCCAGUGUGCCCACAGAGUGUGAGCUGACACCACGCAGGGCCGGGGCUAUCGGUAACCACUGCAAAGCCAUUGUUAUUAUCUGUCCACUGGGGCUUUCAUUUUGUUACUAACUGUCCACUGGGGACUUACAUUUUGUAUCGAUUUGUUCUCAUCUUUUAGUUUCUUCAAAUGUUUUUUGCCUGAUACUCAAGGAAUGGAACAGCCUUAUUCAUUGCAUAUUUUUGAAUUGUAUACCUCAUGUGUUUUUAAAACACCCAUCCAUACGUUCGAUUUCUUUUUUUGCACAACUGUAAACUAAUAUAUGUUCAUUUAAAUCAGAGUACAUGUUAUGUAAAUUACUUGCAUUUUCAUACAAUAUUUUUUUGUGACUUGUUCUGUGUUUCUCUUUAGUAUAUGUUUAUAUUUUCAUUUGUCCAUGUACUUUAUGGUCGAGUUACCUAGAAUUUCAAUAUUUUGCUCGUUGAUUUAAAAAGCAAUAGCAUGCAAAUGGUGUAUAGCACAAUGGUUUCAAUGUCAUUUAAAUUAUCGGUAAAGCGUGAAACAUCUCCGUUGAUGAAUGUCCAUGAAUAACUCUUUUGUCAGAGCGUUUACAGUACCACGUCAACACAUUUUAUGCUCAUGCACAUAGCAUCGAGGCAGGUAUAAACACAAAAACACACACACACACACACACACACACACACAUUGUGCAUCCCAGUUACAGUUGUGUGACAGGAUUUUGUUAGCUCUCCAUUCAGCAGACCCUGAGGGGCGUGAUUGUAUGUAUUUAUUUGAACUUUAUUCAUAAGGUUAGCCUCAUCGAGACGAGGUAAUAAGGUUACUAACCCACCAACGAGAUCAUCCCACUAACGAGCUGGGCCCACUGCCUCCCUUCACACACACCCACACACACAUGCACAACUAGACCCACACACAUAAACUCAUGUACACAGAAAAAAACACACUUGUCACGUAAACCCCCCCCCCCCCCCCCAAACACACACACACACACACACACACACACACACACACACACACACACACACACACACACACACACACACACACACACACACACAUGGUUUAAAGCAAUUGUCAAUUAAAAUGUUCUAUGCAAUGAUUCAUUUUAAACUUGGAAGGUUAGUUAAUCUACCACCAUUUACUAUCCUUGUAAAAUUCAGAAGAAAACAACGAAAUUAUGAAAAGAAAAGGCUAUGAAAGUGUUUUUACCUAGCAACUUGUGUGUAUGGAUUGAAAUAUUGAAUAUGAACUAGAUUUCUAUUCUUUUUUCGUUUUUGUUUAUUUCUUUCGUGGCAUGUUUAGACCCCCCCUCUCUCCCUGUCCGGGGAUUUGUUGCCAAAGGGUUAAUUGUGUAGACUUGUCCCGUUCUCAAUGUCAACCAUCAUGUCGCUAGUAAGCAUGGGGUUUUUUGCUUGGCUUUGUCCGGCUGUUUGUAAGCCCUCAUCCAGUCUCAGUGUGUUACGGCUGAGCAGGGUUCCUCCGUGUUUGGCUUCCAGUUCCUGUCUGUGCCGCUAUGAACAUGUGACGCAGAUGGUCAGCACUUCUCAUUAAUACGUGUCAAUGUACAUAUUGGGUGUCGGUGUAUAAUCUGUUGGGGAGAAAGGAAUGGUGUCAUUGUGUUGAUCAGAGCAUUCGACGGCCAAGCCAUCGGGGAAGGUGCAUGAUUCGAUUAUUAUUAUCUUUCAGAGUUGAACAAGAAUGAACACAAAACAAGGCAUGUCUUCACUUUGGUUUGACGACCACCCCUUGAAUUUCACAGGCCAACAUAGUGAAUGUUGAUUAGUCAAAUAUUUACAUCUUAACAAAACAUUUUCAAUAACAAAAAAGAAAAAAACCACCAACUCGCCAGUCAUUCACCAAAUCAGGGCAUGUCACAAUGUACCUUUGUAUCGCAGGAAGUACGGUAAGAUCAACUUCCUGUGGGAGAUCUGAGGAGGAGAAUGGACCAUAUUGACCACAAUGGAUAGAGAGACGUUGUGGUUUGUAGUAGAUGCAUGAGCCAGCCCUAACCCUAUCCACAGGUGGUUAGAAAGACACAAUCUUACUGUAAAUACACGUUGAAUCUAAUGUACAUAUUUUAAGUUCUGAAUACGGAUAUCAUGUGCAUCCCCAUGCCGUAUUUGCUGCCAACCUUUGUGUAUUAAAAAAUAUAUAUUUAUUAUCACUAUUAUAUGAAUGAUGAAGAUGAUAUGGUGAUAAUGAUGAAGAUAAUGAUGACAUUUAUUAUGAUUAUUAUGAAUAAAUAAGAAAAGUGUAUGUGGCUGACUUGUAUUGACAGUGGACAACAGUGGAAAAAGCAUAUCCAGUCUGUGUAUAGUUUCUAUGCAUAUUGUGUCAAUUAAAAACGAGAUGUACAAACCCCUCAAAGUGCAGUAUGGACGAGCGCCUUCCUCAGACCACUGGGGGGUCUGUUUCAACACGGCCGAUAUGACCUAUAAGGUGGUGAGAGUCAGAGGGGGCAAAGAAAAAAUGAAUAAUGUCCGGAGAAUUUCAUUCACUGUUGUAAGUGCAAUGGGCGAAGCAUCAGUCGUCAGUUGUGAAACCUUGUGUUCUAUUCAUUGUAUUCCUGUAAACAGAUUAAGAGUAAAUAUUGGUGCAUCAUGUCAAGUAAUGUGAUCAAUGAAAAAAUAUUGACCUUGAAAUUUCCAAUCAGAAAAUAAAGAAAAAAUGGACAAGUGUGGUAGUUA